AACAGCGUGCCUCGCGCCCGGACGCUGACUGCCCACCAGAAAGGAUUGCUCUUGGCCUCUUCCUCUGCAGGGAGAACCGAAGCCGGGUAGACUCCACCGCUGCUUCUCCAGCCUCCGUCAUGUGGAACACCUCGGACGCCAAUUUCUCCUGCUACCACAAGUCUGUGCUAGGCUAUCGCUAUGUCGCCGUCAGCUGGGGCGUGAUGGUGACUGUGACGGGAACCGUGGGCAACGUGCUCACCCUGCUGGCCCUGGCCAUCCAGCCCAAGCUCCGAACCCGCUUCAACCUGCUUAUUGCCAACCUCACACUGGCCGAUCUGCUCUACUGCACCCUCCUCCAGCCCUUCUCGGUGGACACCUACCUGCACCUGCACUGGCGCACCGGCGCCACCUUCUGCAGGGUCUUUGGGCUCCUCCUUUUUACGUCCAAUUCUGUCUCCAUCCUCACCCUCUGCCUCAUCGCCCUGGGACGCUACCUCCUCAUUGCUCACCCCAAGCUCUUCCCCCACAUUUUCAGUGCCAAGGGGGUGGUGCUGGCACUGGUGGGCACCUGGGUCGUGGGUGUGGCCAGCUUCGCCCCACUCUGGCCUGUCUACGUCUUGGUGCCCGUGGUCUGCACCUGCAGCUUUGACCGCAUCCGAGGCCGGCCCUAUUCCACCAUCCUCAUGGGCAUCUACUUUGUGCUUGGACUCAGCAGUGUCGGUGUCUUCUACUGCCUCAUCCACCGACAGGUGAGGCGGGCAGCACAGGCACUGGACCAGUACAAGCUGCAACAGGCAAGCGUCCACUCCAAGCACGUAGCCGGCACAGAUGAGGUCGUGCCUGGUCGCUUCCAGGAGCUGGACAGCGGGCUGGCGUCAGGAGGGCCCAGUGAAGGGAUUUCGUUAGAGCCAGUCAGCGCAGCCACCACCCAGGAAGGGGACUUAUCGGAAGCAGGGGAUCCGAGCUACGGCAAGGUAGCUAAGCCGAUGGCAGAGAAAAGCCACCCAGAAGCGCCUGCCAAGGCCCGGCCACCUACAGGAGGAGCACGAAGAACUCAGGACUCCCCAUCGGAGUUUGGGAAGGUAACCCGGAUGUGUUUCGCGGUGUUCAUCUGCUUUGCCCUGAGCUACAUCCCUUUCUUGCUGCUCAACAUCUUCGACGCCAAGGUCCGGGCUCCCCGGGUUGCCCACAUGCUGGCCGCCAAUCUCACAUGGCUCAACGGUUGCAUCAACCCUGUGCUCUAUGCGGCCAUGAACCGACAGUUCCGCCAAGCAUACGGCUCCCUCUUGAGACGAGGGCCCCAGAGUUUCCAGAGGCUCCGUUAGCGCCAUGUCCGCCCCCCGAGCCAGGGUGCCCAGCUGAUGUGAGGAC